AUGAAAAAAUUAUUAUUUGUAAUAACCGUGACGAUAUUUCUUUUGUUCGUAACAAAAAAGUCUAUUGUGAAAUAUGCGACUGAAGUUAUAAGCCAAAGUCCCGAUAUUAAUAACGAUGAUAGCAGCUAUAUUGGAAAUUAUACAACAAAAGAAAUUUCAAAUACUAGUGAAAUAGCUAAGAAUCUUGGCAAUAAAAAUGACAAUGAAGAACCAACUCCUAAAAAACGGUUGAAUGAAACAGAACUUGAUACUUUAAAAACACAUGCUAGAUACGCGGCCGCUAGCUAUUGCGCUCAAAAACGGUUGGAAACUUGGUCGUGUGGAAAUCGAUGUGUUGGAAAUGUCACUAUUGAAUCAGUAUUUCAUGAUGAUAAAAAAGGAGCAGCUGGUUAUCUUGGUAUGGACCGGGAUGCAAAAGUGAUCGUUGUUGGAUUUCGGGGGACGCAUGAUUGGGUAAGUUGGUUAUACGAUUUAAGAUAUUUACAGCUUGAUUACGAAUAUCCAAAUUCAGAAGGCGCUUUAGUUCACGGUGGCUUUUAUAAAAUGUACGAUCGCGUCAGAGAAAGUUUAUUAUGGAAAAUACAAUUGAUGUUAACCAGAGUUGAGAACUCAUGUCGUGGCUAUACUUUGAUAAUUAGUGGCCAUUCUAUGGGAGGUGUAUUAGCAAUAUUUCUAGGGCUAGAUGUGAAGAGAUAUAUUUUAAACCCGAUUCUAGAAGGAAUUUCAUUUGGCACGCCGUUCGAUAUUCAAAUAACGACAAUUGGUGAGCCGCGUGUUGGUAAUGAUAAAUUUGCCAAACUGGGUUACGCAUCGGAACGACGUAGUUCCACAUUUACCACCACGCAAGAGGUGAACGAUGAACCCGUUGAGGAUGAGAAAUGUUUGAUGGGUUCGAAAGUAUUUGAUAUAGUCCCUCAUCUUUUUAUCUGGGGUAUUCCUUUUGAUUCUUUUUGUUGA